GACCGUCGAUUGGCAUAAUCAUUCAGAAAGACUCAACGAUUCACAUGGCGCCAGGUCAUCGAUCCGCGUGAAACGCCUUUAACCAAUGAUACUCCAGUACACGGGUCUAUAUAAUCCAUGACAAUAUCAGAGUUUUACAUAACAAUCUUUCUCAGAUCCACAGCAGCAUCCCUCUCUCUUUGCGCCUUUUAAACCCCCGCUUUCUCUCUCUAGAAUAUCUGAUGGCGCCAAAGGCAGAGAAGAAGCCCGCCGAGAAGAAGCCGGCAGAGGAGAAGAAGUCGACGGUGGCCGAGAAGGCGCCGGCGGAGAAGAAGCCCAAGGCCGGGAAGAAGCUACCCAAGGAAGGCGGCGCCGGCCCUGGAGACAAGAAGAAGAAGCGCACGAAGAAGAGCGUUGAGACCUACAAGAUCUACAUCUUCAAGGUCUUGAAGCAGGUUCAUCCCGAUAUCGGGAUCUCUAGCAAGGCCAUGGGUAUUAUGAACAGCUUCAUCAACGAUAUCUUUGAGAAGCUUGCUCAGGAAUCCUCGCGGCUCGCUCGCUACAACAAGAAGCCCACGAUUACUUCGCGGGAGAUCCAGACUGCCGUGCGAUUGGUGCUUCCUGGAGAGUUGGCCAAGCACGCGGUCUCCGAGGGAACCAAGGCUGUGACGAAAUUUACAAGUUCUUGAACGCGAUUGAUGGUUGGAUUCGUGUUUAGAGAUGAAAUCGGAACUUUGACUGUCUAGGUUUAGGGUUUACAUUCGAUGCCUAGGAUUAGGGCUUUUUCUAAUGUUUGUUGGAUGUGAAUUUGGAUCGGCUUGAUCCGAAUGUCUAUUGGAGAUAUACGAUGCUUAGAUUUAUGGCUAAA